AGGAAAAUUUGCAGUGGUGAAGAAGUGUAUCCAGAAAGACACUGAAAGAGAGUUUGCAGCGAAAUUCAUGAGAAAAAGAAGAAAGGGCCAAGACUGUCGGAUGGAAAUAAUCCAUGAAAUUGCAGUCCUUGAGCUGGCACAAUGCAACCUUUGGGUCAUUAACUUGUAUGAAGUUUAUGAAACUGCAACAGAGAUUAUUUUAGUUCUGGAAUAUGCUGCUGGAGGUGAAAUCUUUGACCAGUGUGUGGCUGAAAGAGAGGAAGCCUUCAAAGAAAAAGAUGUUAAACGACUUAUGAAGCAGAUCUUAGAAGGAGUUUCAUUCUUGCACAGAAACAAUGUGGUCCAUCUUGACUUAAAGCCCCAAAAUAUUCUACUAACCAAUAAGUCUCCUCUGGGAGACAUUAAGAUAGUAGAUUUCGGCCUUUCCAGAAUAAUGAAGAGCAGUGAGGAACUAAGAGAAAUUAUGGGAACUCCGGAAUAUGUCGCUCCUGAAAUUCUGAGUUACGACCCAAUCAGUACAGCAACUGACAUGUGGAGCAUUGGAGUACUGGCAUAUGUUAUGCUAACAGGGAUAUCGCCUUUCUUAGGGGACGAUAAACAAGAAACAUUUUUAAAUAUCUCUCAAAUGAAUGUAAGUUACUCUGGAGAAGACUUUGACCUCAUAUCGGAGUCUGCUGUGGAUUUCAUCAAAACUCUGCUGGUUAAGAAACCCGAGGACCGGGCAACCGCUGAAGAAUGUCUUCAACAUCCAUGGCUAGAGCAAAGCGAUAAUCCUGCUUGCAGGGCCUGGAGUAAGAGUACAGGAGGGGAGACCAGUGAUGUCACCCAGAAAGGUGCAGAUUCUGCCUCUGAAAAACCAGUAGAUGCUGAGAAGACUGAAGAAGAAGAAUCAAUAGUGACAGAAGAACUAAUUGUAGUGGCUUCAUAUACACUGGGACAAUGUAGGCAGUCAGAAAAAGAAAAAGUAACUGAGCAGAAAGCCAUUUCCAAACGAUUUAAAUUCGAGGAACCACUGCUGCAAGAAAUACCAGGUGAAUUCAUUUACUGAACUGUAUGGAGCUUCAUAGCUAUAACUGGAAGGCAGUGUUUUCUACUAAACAAAAGUAUCCUAGCCGAGUGAAUUUCUGAUAUGCAAUAAAUGUUCCUAGAUAAAAGGAAUUGUUGAUAAAUGGCAUCCAAGGAAAAUGUGCCAAGCUUUUAAUUUCAUGGAACAGACAAACAAGAUUUCAAGUGUCUGACAGGAAUUUAACAAAGAUAAAAGUUUCUUUUUGUUUAAUUUUUAUUUCUGGGUUUUUUGUUCUUGAUAGCAGAGUUCUUGUUAAUUGUUCCAGUGUCCUGGAGAAGUUGACAUUGGAAGUGUUUCAGUGACAAGUGUCAAGAGGAGUGUUUUAGGGUAUGUUUUGGCAUUUAACGCAAAUAUAUAAUACUGGGUUUUCCUCAAACACCUUUUAGCACUCUUGACUCCAGUGGAACUAUUUACUGAUCUAAAAACUGUAUGAGGAGAAUUUGAUCAACUGGUUUGAUGUACA